UCCAAGCCAGCUCCCCGGAAAAUCAAUCCUCCUUCUCCGCCAAUUUUGGAGCAGGCUGCGCUCCAGCCUUUCCAACUCAGGCUUUUCUCCUACGUAACUCAUUCCUCCUUUGUCUAUUUCAUUGACACAUAGCCUCGAUCAACAUCCAAUCUCUUUUGCUUCCUCAAAAACUCUGCUCAGAUUUUUCAGGCACACAUGACCAGCCAAUCUGAUGUUCUUGCUCUAACGCUGGCUGAGAGAGCCUGUUCCCCGCGGAAUGAUACUCGACGAUGGCGAGAGAUGAACGAUUUGCGCGCCCUGAUGACCAUGAAAAAUCUUCUAGUGACGUUCAUACAACGGUUUACCCCAGAAUAGCCCUAUAAAAGACCCUCUUUACAAUUCCCACUCGAAUCUGGGGUAGCCUUAAAGACAAGCAUUGAUCUACUACCAAGCAAUUGACCCUGCACAGAUACACCACGGUACCUGAAUUUGAGACAGACGAGACACAACUGCAAUCAGCAUGCCCUCACGAAACCCAUCUACCUCCUCGCAAUCCAGCACCGGCUCUACUUCUCACCCCUCUUCCCGGCACGUCUCCUCCGUCUGCUACCCUAAGGGCAAAUGGUACGACUGCCUCCGGCCCACAACCAACCCCUAUCAGGGCUUCGGCAGCAUGGCCAACUUCGCACAUAUGUCUGGCAAAGAGAACCAGACGGACGCUGGGGAGAACUGGACACGCGAUAUUUACGGCAAGAUGAGGUAGAACCACUGCGACGAAGUUGGAGAACAGGACAAGAUUUAUCCUGAGAAAAACUGCAAGCAGCAAGUCUACCAUAUGAGACGCAACAGAAUUACGACCAAGCCUGCUAUUAGGCAUACAACGAGAUGAGGUGAACCAUUUAUCAUGACGACAGCACGACUAUUUUGUUCUCAUUUUUGUAUAUAGAUCGCGACGAACUCAUAUAAACUGGGUUGGGAGCACGUUCUCGAACGACGGGAUGGGCUGAAUUGCUUUUCACUGAACGCUAAUAGCGUUAGUAUGUUGGGAUUGUGUUCGG